AUGGCUUUCUAUAUGAAAUUCUAUUUACAUCUCAUCACAAGGAAGAUUUCAAAGGAAAGGAAGAACUGCGCUGAAUUUGGGAGAGGGUUCAAGCGUUCAUGUAGUGGCACCUCGAGAAAGCGCUCCAUACUUGUUCCUUUGAGUACCACGCUAACCAAAGGUUACACCGAUAAUUGUCGUUUUAUGGGUAGAGAGGAUUUGACGGGUUAUCCAAACAUCACAGAUGAUGGAAAGGUGGUAGUAAAAUGCCGUGCAAUACAAAACGGGCUUGGAUGGCCCGAUGAAAAUAAGUCAACUUCAGUGGACUUAUUCAAAACCAAAAAUGGAGAAGAGUAG